UUGUUUGUAGUCAAAUUCUUGGAGGUUAUAAAACCAUUCUGUGCAGUGCUACCAGAGAUACAAAAACCUGAGAGAAAGAUCCAGUUCAGAGAAAAGGUGUUAUGGACGGCUAUUACACUCUUCAUCUUUCUGGUGUGUUGCCAGAUUCCCCUCUUUGGCAUCAUGUCCUCAGACUCUGCAGAUCCGUUCUACUGGAUGAGAGUCAUUCUGGCCUCAAACAGAGGUACUCUGAUGGAACUGGGUAUCUCCCCUAUUGUCACCUCUGGGCUGAUAAUGCAGCUGCUAGCUGGAGCUAAGAUCAUCGAAGUUGGAGACACACCAAAGGACAGAGCCCUCUUUAAUGGUGCUCAGAAAUUAUUUGGGAUGAUCAUCACCAUUGGCCAGGCUAUUGUGUAUGUGAUGACUGGCAUGUAUGGAGAUCCAUCAGAGAUGGGUGCUGGAAUCUGUCUGCUCAUCAUCAUUCAGCUGUUUGUAGCCGGGCUGAUUGUGCUGCUGCUGGAUGAGUUGCUCCAGAAGGGCUACGGACUUGGUUCAGGGAUCUCACUGUUCAUUGCCACAAACAUUUGUGAGACAAUUGUAUGGAAGGCCUUUAGCCCCACCACCGUGAACACUGGAAGAGGCACAGAGUUUGAGGGAGCAAUCAUCGCCCUUUUCCAUCUGCUGGCUACACGGACUGACAAAGUGCGUGCUCUGAGAGAGGCCUUCUACAGACAGAACCUGCCCAACCUCAUGAACCUCAUCGCCACUGUGUUCGUCUUUGCUGUAGUCAUAUACUUUCAAGGAUUCAGGGUCGAUCUGCCGAUCAAGUCGGCUCGCUAUCGUGGCCAGUACAACACCUACCCUAUCAAGCUGUUUUACACUUCCAACAUUCCCAUCAUCCUGCAGUCUGCCUUAGUCUCCAACCUGUAUGUUAUCUCCCAGAUGCUUUCCACACGCUUCAGUGGAAAUUUCCUGGUUAAUCUGCUUGGAACGUGGUCUGACACGUCAUCUGGAGGUCCGGCCCGCGCUUAUCCUGUCGGAGGACUCUGUUACUACCUCUCUCCGCCCGAGUCUUUUUACUCGGUUCUAGACGACCCUGUGCACGCAGCCAUCUACAUUGUGUUCAUGCUGGGCUCCUGUGCCUUCUUCUCAAAAACCUGGAUUGAAGUCUCGGGCUCCUCUGCGAAAGAUGUGGCCAAGCAGCUGAAGGAGCAGCAGAUGGUGAUGAGGGGACACAGAGAAACCUCAAUGGUCCAUGAACUGAACAGGUACAUUCCCACAGCAGCAGCCUUCGGUGGCCUCUGCAUCGGCGCUUUAUCAGUGAUGGCGGACUUCCUUGGCGCCAUUGGCUCUGGCACUGGAAUCCUGCUGGCUGUCACCAUCAUCUAUCAGUACUUUGAAAUUUUUGUCAAAGAACAGAGUGAAGUAGGCAGCUUUGGGGGCCUACUUUUCUAG